AUGAAGCGAGGUACGACUGUAUGCGAUCUUACUUCGGCUCGAUGGCACAGUAUUUGGUCCAUCGAUGAAUUGGUUCUCAUGAUAUUCGAACAUUGCGAACUGAGAAGCGCCGCUUGCCUUGCUCGAACCUGUCACCGCCUGUACACUCUCGGAAUACCGCUCAUCUGGACGAGCCCACCUCUUACAGCUUUGAUCACAUUGGCCGAAUCCACCGCGGAUAUUUUUGCCUCAUCUUCAAGAACACAUUGCAAUUGGAAGAGCUGGCUAUGGUGUAACAAGCCGAUCCCGCAACCAACGAAUAGCCCGCGUUCUAGACGACUCAAAUUUUUUUCCCAAUUCGUGACGGAUCUGAUCUUGACCGACCCCUCCGAUUCCUUUGAAAGUCCAGAAAUUGAAAUCCUGCUAGAAGUCAUCCAGCAGGAGUCGGUAGAAUCGCUCUUUCCCAGACUGCAGAGUUUGGUUAUCAUCAUCCACCGCCCGGAAUUCUUGCAAUGCAUUCUUCCCUUUGCUAGCCGCAAUCUUUCGUGGAUCAAGAUAUUCCUAGCUCCUCCGAAUACCGAUCAAGUGCUUGGCGGAUCGGGGUAUGGAAUCUUCCUGCCUCAUUUGUGCACACUACCGCGACUGGAUUCCUUGACACUAUUCGGCAGUGACACCAUAUCGAAAGACGAGCUACAUUUCAUUUCCACAAUCCUGCGUACAUUUCCCGAUUUGGAGGCCUUCGACGCCUGGCGGAUGAAAGCGGAUGACGAAUUCUUUCGCCGCCUCAGCAGCACAAGAAAUUUGGUUACCCUCCGAAUACAACUGGGGCUCAUUGUUCCCACCCUGGAUUCCGUGUCACUGCCUCACCUCGAGAGUUUGAUCAUCGAGUAUUCAAGCAACACGGAUUUAAGCGUCCUACUCGAUCAUUUACAUGCGCCAGUAUUGCGGCGUAUCCAACUCGAUUUUCAUUGGGAACUUGGAGCACUAGCGUUCGAUUCUCCCGCUGGGUUCAACGGACCAGCAUAUCGGCUCGUUUCAGAGCGGAUCGCGGCGUCAUGGUCACAGAGCCUGGAAGAUCUCACAAUAUCACGCGUGGGUCAACUCCAAAUCGAAAAGGAGAGUCUCCGAAUAUGGGAUAUGGAUUCCUUUCGCCCAAUGCUGUCGUGUCAUCAAUUACGCAAGUUCCUGAUCGCGCCUCCCAUCCGCCUGGACGCUCAAGAUGCGGAUCUCGUCCAGAUAGGACAGAGCUGGCCCAAGAUCCGAGAACUGUCAUUAACGGGGUAUGGUAGCCCCAUAUCGAGCCGAAGGCCUUGUGCGGGUGCGGAAGGACUGCUUGCACUGGUAGGCAACUGCCAUGAGCUGGAGGUGCUCGAGCUCUCUAUCAACUUGCAAUCUCUUGGUGCCCUCAUUCCGAACAUAAAGAACUGGCCAGAAGAGUAUGCAACGGUUCGCAACCCAAAUCUGCGUAAUUUGUAUGUUCACGAUUGCCUGAUUUGCGACGUGGACAACACAUCCAUGUUUGUCCGUCGACUCUUUCCAAACUUGGAGACGUUCCGAUAUGCGCGGAAGGAAUUGUUUCCCAUGUCGGGAAAUGCGCCCACAGAGAGCGAGAGAAUGGUGUGCAUGCAACGCAUACAGAAGGAGCUGGGGUUGGAAGAAGAAUAA